CCAAACUACCUGAAACAUCAGUGGGAUCACGAUAACGCAAGCCGACUACCUUAGCACACGAACGCGCGCAGCCCAAAAACUUUCUUGCGACACCGACCUCACCUAGGACUCUACGUCGCCAUGGUGCCGAGGCUGGAGCGCGGCGGCUUCCAGCUCCCGAACUCCGAGCAGGAGAACUCCCUCUUCCUCCGCGCCCUCAUCUCCGUCGUGUCCGGGGACACAGCGGCCCCCGCCCCGCACCAGCUGGCGCCGUCGACGCCGCCCUUUGCUCCCGCUCCGGCGACUGCGGCUGCUGCGUGCGCCAGGUGCGGCGUGGACGGGUGCCUCGGCUGCGAGUUUGUCGCUGCGGCCGCGGCGACGACCGGGUCGAGCAGCGAGGGGGAGGAGUGCUCGGCCGCGAGCUUCGUGAAGAACGGCGGCGUGGGCAAGCGGCGGGCUGGAGGCGGCGGGAGCAAGUUCAGGGGCGUGCGGCAGCGGCCGUGGGGCAAGUGGGCGGCGGAGAUCCGCGACCCGCACCGCGCCGUGCGCAAGUGGCUCGGCACCUUCGACACCGCCGCGGAGGCCGCCCGCGCCUACGACGUCGCCGCGCUCGAGUUCCGCGGCCACCGCGCCAAGCUCAACUUCCCGGCGUCGUCGUCGUCGGCCUCCGCGUCCGCGUCUGCUACUGCUUCCUCCCGGGCGGCUACGCAGCCCCAUCCCCAGCGGCAGCAAAGGCCAGAGAGCCCUCGCGAGAAGUGCGGGUCAAAUGCGUCGUCGCCGGUGCACGUUCCGCGGCUGCCGGAGCAGGGGAGGCCGGUGGCGCGGGAGCAGGAGAUCUGGGACGGGCUGCACGAGAUCAUGAUGAUGGACGACGGCAACUUCUGGUCCAACCCCAAGCCAUGAUCACCACCGCUCAUUACCUCGUUCUCCUCAUGCUCCAUUGCGACUACAUAAUAAAUCCUAGUACGAAAUGAGUUCAAUAAACGAUAUACAUCCGACAGUCCCGUGCAAAAUGUGCACAAUGCUCACAAGAUUCUUAAUCUUUCACACACAGACUGUUUCACAAUGUGCAGAUAUCGUUUUGUACUUGCUAAA